UUCCGGAUGGCUCCUUCUGAGGUUUCAGCCUAAAUGUCAUCGCAGAGAGACCCUCCUCCACAACGGAAGUAGGUUCCGCUCUCGGCUCCUGCCUUUGGCUGCUUGGCUACACUUCAUCGCCCGUGGUGAUGAUGUUUACUUGUUAUGUCUGACUAGCGUUGAAACUUAGAGCCACCACCGGGUCCCCAGAGCCUGCAUUUAUCGCGCACCUGUUCGCGCUCUGCGCACAGCUGCAGGCGCCUCUGCUUUGGGACGGUGCUUCUGUUUCCUGCUGGGAGUGCCGACCCGGUCCCGGACUAGCCGGGUGGCUUCUCACAGCCACAGAGACAGCUGCAACCCGGGACCUCAGACCUGACGCCGGAUCCCGCCGGCGCCGGGCAGCGGGAAGCCAGGUUCUUCCGCCACCCCCCAGCCAGGGCCUGGCCACCCCUCCCACAGAAUGCCUGAGGGCCCUGAGCUACAUCUGGCCAGUCACUUUGUGAACGAGGCAUGCAGCGAGCUGGUGUUUGGCGGGUGUGUGGAGAAGUCACCUGUCAGCCGCAACCCUGAGGUGCCCUUUGAGAGCAGCGCCUACCACAUCUCAGCUUUAGCCCGAGGCAAGGAGCUGCGCCUGACACUGAGCCCCCUGCCUGGGGCUCAGCCCCCACGAGGGCCACUGGCCCUUGUCUUCCGCUUUGGCAUGACCGGCUCCUUCCAGCUGGUGCCCAGCGAUGCGCUGCCACCCCAUGCCCAUCUGCGCUUUUACACGGCUCCCCCUGGCCCCCGACUUGCCCUCUGCUUCGUGGACAUCCGCCGCUUUGGCCGCUGGGACCUCGGGGGCAAGUGGCAGCCAGGCCGCGGGCCGUGUGUCUUGCUGGAGUACGAGCAGUUCAGGGAGAAUGUGUUACGAAACCUAGCAGACAAGGCCUUUGACCGGCCCAUUUGUGAGGCCCUCUUGGACCAGAGGUUCUUCAAUGGCAUUGGCAACUAUCUGCGGGCAGAGAUCCUAUACCGGCUGAGGAUACCCCCCUUCGAGAAGGCCCGCACGGUUCUGGAGGCACUGCAGCAGCGCAGGCCGAGCCCGGAGCUGACCCUGAGCCAGAAGAUCAGGGCCAAGCUGCAGAACCCAGACCUAUUGGAGCUGUGCCACUCAGUGCCCAAGGAAGUGGUCCAGCUGGGGGGCAAAGGCUAUGGGCCGGAGAGCACGGAGGAGGACUUUGCUGCCUUCCGAGCCUGGCUGCGGUGUUAUGGCACGCCAGGCAUGAGCUCCCUGCGGGACCGGCAUGGCCGCACCAUCUGGUUCCAGGGGGAUCCUGGACCCUUGGCGCCCAAAGGGGGCAAGUCCCGCAAGAAGAAAUCCAAGGGAGCACAGAGGGGUUCUGAGGACCAAGUGGAGAACCCUCCAUCUCCAAACAAGGCCCCUUCAAGGACACGAAGGGCACGAAGAGGCCUUCCUGAGCAGACUGCGGCCCAGCAGCCCGAGGGGACCAGCCUCCAACGGGACCCAGAAGCCCCCUGUGUCCCUGAGAAAGGGAAGAGGAGGAGGCAACCAGCGACCUCAGGCCGCCGCAGACCCCAAAAGAUCAAGGCUGCCACCCCAUCCUUGGAGCCAGAGGAGACCUCAGCCUCUUAGCAGGAGGGUCUCCUUGCUUGCAUCCACCCCUUCCUGCUGCCCUGGAUCUGGGCCUGUGCAGCUUCCUGGAAGUUGCAGGGGACUGGCUGCCCCUGGCCCUGUGGCCAUUCCCUAUACAACUAUGAUGUUUUUAAUUGUACCCCUUGUCCCCAUUUUUUAAGCCCACGUGAAAAAGGCUGUAAUUUUUAGUAAACUGAUAAACCUUGAA